AUGACUGAGUCCUGGUGGUUUCUCGGGCCGAGUGUGCAGGCUUUUGUUGGCAGCUACAUCGCUCCCCUGGUGCCAAAGUUUAGAAGUGAGAAUAAAGCUGUGGCUGCAGAGAAAGAGAGCGCAGCUUUGGUCACGUCUGCUGAACAGAAACCUGCACAGACGAUUGAAAGUGAAGAGGAGAAGAAAGAGAAGGCCAAGCAACUCCUUCAAACGCAAAGAGAGAAGAUAAUAGCCAGAGUGAGUGUGGACAACCGGACCCGGGCGCUGGUGAAGGGCUUACAGAAAGUCACUGAUGUUAAACUUCUCACAGUUCGAGUGGAGGAGCUCAGCUUUCACCUGCUUGAGUUCCCAGAGACCCGAGGUGUAGCUAUCAAGGCAAGCGUGCUGCCUACCCUGCUGCGACUGCGCCAGGCAAAAGAUCUCCCUCUGCAGUCUGCGGUGAGAGAGGCUCUGGCCGUGGUUGGGUACACGGACCCUGUGAAAGGCCGAGGUAUCCGAGUGCUGGCCAUAGACGGAGGGGGAACCAGAGGUCUCCUGGCACUGCAGACUCUCAAUAAACUUGAGACUCUUACUGGUAAAAGAGUUCAUGAGCUGUUUGACUACAUCUGCGGAGUCAGCACCGGUGCCAUCUUGGCCUUCAUGUUGGGAAUUUUUCAGAUCCCACUGGAGGAGUGCGAGCAGAUGUACAGGAAGCUGGGCACGGAUGUGUUUAAGCAGAAUGUCAUUGUGGGUACGGUGAAAAUGGGCUGGAGCCACGCUUUCUAUGACAGCGAGAUAUGGGAGAAUAUCCUCAAAGAAAGAAUGGGUGAAAGAAGCAUGAUUGAGAGCGCCAGAGAUCCACAGUGUCCUAAAGUGUCAGCAGUCAGCACCAUUGUAAACAGGGGUCUGCCACUGAAGGCCCAUGUGUUCAGGAACUACCGCCUCAUGCCCGGCACGAGAUCCCACUAUCUUGGAGACUGCAAACACAAAAUGUGGCAGGCCAUCAGGGCGUCCUCCGCCGCUCCAGGAUACUUCCAAGAAUUUGUCCUCGGAAAAGAUCUCCAUCAGGACGGAGGCCUUUUGAUCAACAACCCCACAGCCCUGGCUAUCCACGAGUGUAAGAAUCUGUGGCCGAACACACCUCUCCAGUGCGUCCUGUCUCUGGGUACGGGGCGCUAUGAAGAAGGAGGGAAAAACAGCGCCACCUACACCAGCCUCAAGACCAAGCUUUCCCACGUGAUCAGCAGUGCCACAGAUACAGAAGAGGUACACACAAUGCUGGACGCCCUCCUACCUCAGGACACAUAUUUCCGUUUCAACCCGUACAUGAGCGAGGACAUCCCAUUGAACGAAAGCCGCAUCGAGAAACUCAACUUCUUAAAAAGCGAGGCGGAGACCUACCUGGAGCGCAACGAGGCCAAACUCAAGAAGGCCGCCAGAGUAUUGGGUCAGGAGAAAGGUCCCAUCCAGAGAGGGGCAGAGUGGGUAAAGCUUAAAGCAGACAUGUACGAGGGCUUACCGUUUCUGUCCAAGCUGUAA